ACCACAACCUCAGUCAUGGCACUCAGGACGCUGGGAUCCACAGCACGAGACGCUCUGAGGCGUCCAUCUGCGACGUUGGCCUCUUCAGCGUCAUCUUCAUCAUCAUCCUCUUCUCGCAUCCCUAGUUCCUCCCGUCAUCUCCAUGCACUCCCUCCGACUCCCAAGAAUGUAGCAGAAGGCGCUAUGCCUUUGCUCUCCAAGUCGACCGUAGACAUGCUCUGGCAAGGGUGGCAGAAGGGGUUGCUCGAGAGACUCAACGAGGAGGUACGAGGCACCGAGCUCGAGAAGUCGAGCCUGGUAGACACCAUCAUUGCGACUGCGCAGAAGCCCGAGCGCAUCAUGGCAUUCAACUAUGCUUCGCUCGCGCUCAACAAUGCCUUCUUCCUCAGCCAGAUCACGUCCCCCGCCGGCAUCUCCCAAGACCCGACGAACAAGGACUACCUCUCCACUCCCCCACCGAAGCUUACUGGCCCCCUCGCCCGCGCGAUAGAAGACACCUGGGGCUCGCUCACUACUUUCAAGAGCGCCAUGUCCUCCGCAGCUCUCGGCAUGUCCAGCAGCGGGUACGUUUGGCUCGUCGUUGACGGGCUCGGUCACCUCGGUAUUGUCCCCACAUUCGGUGCGGGUACGGUCCUGGUGCAGAACAGGAGACAGAAGGGGCCCGCAGGAUUGCAGGGCUUGGCUGCGGGCAGUUUGGAGGAACAGGAGAGGCAAGCCUCAAAGGAGGGAGAGGAGGGGUACGCUUCACCUGGCGCGCCCGAUGAGGCCAAGGAGCAGCCAUCGCGCUCCCUGUACGACCCAUCGGCGCAGCAGCCCUCCUCCACGGCCUCUGCGCUCAAGCCAGACAUCUACGCUGGCCUCGGAUCAGCCAUGGCCUCGAACCCGGAGGACGAUGUUGGUCAGACGCUGACCCCGCUGCUCUGCAUGAGCGGCUACGAGCACGCUUGGUUGCCCGACUGGGGGGUUUGGGGAAAGGAGACGUACUUGGCACGCUUCUGGGAGGUGGUGGACUGGGAGAAGGUUGAGGGGAUCUGGCAACAGCACAGGGACGCAGGAGCAGCCGAGCGCUCUUGGAGGGUGCGAUAAAGAGAGUCUGCGGGAACCGUGAUCGUGAGGGAAGGGGAAGGCGAGCAUGUAUACACAGCUAAGGGAAUGCAAUCGCGCUCUGCGCUACCACAAAUGUGCGCUUCGUCUCCUUGGUCACUCGUCUUUCAAUUGAGAAUCCUCCACUC